CUAUCGAAAAUUGAGUUUUUGCUAAGAACAUGGUGAAGGACUGAAGGAGUGGAGAGAUAAUAAAUAAUUUUUUUUCUAUAAAAGUACAAUCAUCAUGUUUUUCUCUCUCUAAUUUUGAAAUUUUCCUCCAAUUGAAUCAUAAGAUCCUCAUGAGAGAUGCAGAUGCAGAUGCCGCUGCCAAAAUUGAUAGCCAGGAUUUCUUUGAAUUGUGAGUGCUGUAUAUAGAGCAAGUAAAUUCAGUUGAUGGGGCAAAAAAAUUCCAGGGAGAGACAAUCUACUCGGCGUUCUCUGCCAUCUGCGUGGAAUCAUUACGAGACACCAGCAUCUGGCACACAAGAUAUCCCACAGACUGCUUAUCCAGCUUAUCCACAGCAACAGUAUCAUCCUCCACCUCAACAAUCCUAUGGAGGUCCACCACCACAACAAACGCAGAAAAAGCUUGACAGGAGAUAUUCAAGGAUAGCUGAUAACUAUAAGUCACUAGAUGAGGUGACGGGAGCUCUUGCACGUGCUGGACUUGAGUCUUCUAAUCUCAUUCUUGGAAUUGACUUCACUAAGAGCAAUGAAUGGACAGGUGCACGUUCAUUCAAUAGAAAAAGUUUACAUCAUAUUGGAGACGGUUUAAAUCCCUAUGAACAAGCUAUAUCGAUUAUUGGGAGAACUCUAGCUGCUUUUGAUGAGGACAAUAUGAUUCCUUGUUUUGGAUUUGGGGAUGCAUCAACACAUGAUCAAGAUGUUUUCGGCUUCUUUCCCGAGGAGAGGUUUUGUCAUGGAUUUGAGGAAGUGUUGACUCGAUAUAGGGAAAUUGUUCCUCAUCUACGUCUAGCAGGUCCCACAUCAUUUGCCCCUGUCAUAGAAAUGGCAACGACUAUUGUUGAACAGAGUGGUGGGCAGUAUCAUGUGUUAGUUAUAAUUGCUGAUGGUCAGGUAACAAGGAGUGUUGAUACUGAACGAGGUCAACUGAGUCCUCAGGAGAGGCGAACUGUUGAAGCAAUUGUAGAAGCAAGCAAGUUCCCCUUAUCUAUUAUAUUAGUUGGGGUUGGAGAUGGACCAUGGGACAUGAUGAAAGAUUUUGAUGACAAUAUCCCUGCCAGGGCCUUUGAUAAUUUUCAAUUUGUUAAUUUCACUGAAAUCAUGCUAAAGAAUGUUGCCCAGUCCCGCAAAGAGACGGAGUUCGCCCUUGCAGCUCUGAUGGAAAUUCCUUCCCAGUAUAAAGCAACAAUAGAGCUUCAAACAUUGGGUAACCGGAAAGGGAAUGCCCCAGAAAGAGUGCCUCUCCCCCCUCCAGUCUAUUCAGCAGGGUCUUUUAACAGCUCAAAACCUACACAUUCGGCGAAAUCUCAACAGGGAACUUCUUCAUUUAGCAGCUACAGCAGUAAUAUCGAUGCUCAAGCCACUGCCCCACCUUCCAUGAACUCUACUUUUGACAAUCAGAUUUGUCCCAUUUGCUUAAGUAAUCCAAAAGACAUGGCUUUUGGCUGUGGCCAUCAGACUUGCUGUGAGUGUGGGCUAGAUCUACAACUAUGCCCAAUUUGCAGAUCUACAAUCCAGACCAGAAUAAAGCUCUACUGAGGAGCGAUGGUUUGUGUUUUUUUAUUUAGUUGUAUGCAGAAAUGACUUGGAAGUUUACUUAGGAGGAUAAUGGUAGGUGGUGGGGAUGAUUUGGUAAAUUAAUUUGUUGCGUGUUGGGGGAUGAUCUUGCUUCAUUUGGUGGAUUCUUUUAAUUAAUGGAAAGUGAUAUGUUUGAUCAU